AUGACUGACACAGAAGCAUUAAGCAUAGAAGAGAAACAAGCCGAUUCAGACUCGUCUCCCGUAACGAUCGAUGUUACGCUUAUUGAUCAUACAAAGACAGAUCCGACUUUUUUAUUAACUGACAGGAAGACAGUAGUAAAACAGACUGACUUGACCGAGAAUGAUGAAAUAUUGGCAAGGCUGAUUCAAAUGGGAUUUGAUUUUACUUCUGCCGAGCUUGCUGUUAGAAAGACGAAAGAUGGUGGAUUCAAUGCUGCUCUGCAGUUAUUAAUACAGCAGCAACAGGAAACUGUAGUAGACAACGAGCAUAGUGAGAAAGACGAAAAGGAUCCGAACGAAGUGCCUUUCAUCCUAAGCCCAAUAUCUACUUCUCAACAAUCAUCUCGUCCGAAACGUCAAUAUCCGAGUCCCAUGGUUCAGCCAAAGAAGGGCAUCCUAAAACCGCCAAGUCAGCCAACAAACCGGCCGUUAUGGAAACGUGAUUGGCUAUCUACGCUCAACACGCGUAUUCAAAAUGCUGCUGCAGCGUCUUCAACGAGUACAUCAACACCAUCUUCGUUUUUGGCUAGUGCAUUGAAAAAGUUUAAUAAUGUUGCAACAGUGCAAGAACAGGCUCGACCUAAUAAGAAUGAGUCUGUGAGUUCUCAACAGCGUUAUAAUAGUUCUAGUAGUUCUGUCGAUACUCUCGAUAGUGAUGAUCAGAAGCGGUUAUCAUCAUCAUCAUUGAAGCGAGUACGGUUUUCAGUGACUAAUCUUACAGACGAAUAUCCGCAUUCUCCGGUUUCUCGAGAUAGUGAUGAGAAGAAGGACAAUGAAAAAGUGAACGUUGUGGAUGAGGGGGAAAAGGUGUAUACUUCUGGAGAGAUUUUGCAAUUUUAUUUCGACGCGUGUCAGAGUAGAGAAGAAUAUCCUAUGGAUCGGAUGGUGGACAUUCUUACGAUAACUGGACCAUCAAGUUCCGUAAAAGUGGUGGAUUUAUCGGGUGAAAUGAUCGACCGUAAGGUUGCUGAGCCAAUUGCUGAUGUGCUUGCUCUGGAAUGUGGAUUAAGACAGUUGAUUUUGCAACGAUGUGCUGUUGAGGACCAUACGUUGAAAAUACUAUGCCAUAGCCUAUUAAUAAAUGAUACGUUAACGCAUUUAAGUCUUGCUGACAACAAGCAAAUAAAAUCCAAUGGGUUUAAUUAUAUUGCCAUUUAUAUCAAGAAGUCUACCCAAUUGACAUAUCUCGAUUUGUCUGGAACUAUCAUCGACAAGAAAUCGGCUUUAUACCUGGCGCAGGCGCUAUCUCCAGGAAAUAGUAGCAAUGGGGUGGUGCUAGACACGUUAAAACUUGACGGAUGUGGACUGAAAAAUAAUGUAUUGGAAAUUCUAGGUCCUGGCAUCCGUCGUUCAAAUUUACGUUGUCUAUCUAUCCGUUUUAACCGAAUCAAUCAAUUUGGGGCCGUAUGGGUAGGAGUAAUGCUUCGUGACUAUGAUGAUAUGGCAUGGAAUAAUGAGAGUACGAGCUCUCUCAGUAGUUUCUCAUCACUUGAGGAGAAUGCAGGGAAUCACCGAAUGAUGCGUCGAAAGCUGGAAAUAUUGGAUGCUUCAGGGAAUGACUUCAGGAUUGGAGUCCAGUAUAUCGCUCAAGCAUUACGACGGAACCGCAACCUUAAGGAAUUGCGUGUAGCUGAUUGUAGGAUAGAUCCAAAGGGAUUGGCUUUUAUUGCCGAAGGACUGAAACACAAUCGGACAUUAGAAAUACUAGACUUGAGUCACAAUCCUAUCGGGAAUUAUCCAAUAGAUGGGGUUAAUGCACUCCGCCAUGCUUUAUCGGUAAACAAAACACUGCGUGACUUGUUCCUUGCUGAUUGUAACAUAGGCUCGGAGGGUACUAUAGCGCUCGCUGAAUUCCUACCUGAGACCACCAAGCUUACACAUCUGGAUCUGAUGGACAAUCCGAAUAUUGGCACUGCUGGUAUAAUGGCAUUAGCUGCAUCAAUCAAAAUGAACCACAGCGUUUGCCGUUUGGACAUCAACGUUCCGCAAAAUGACAAGGAACUGGUCUGUAUAGCACGCGACAUACUCCGUGUAUGUGUGAGAAAUACAGAAUUAGCCUCAAAAGAAAUCCUAAAUGACGCAGAUCCAUUAUCGGAUUCAAUAUGUUAUUCAGGAAUAAAUGGUAGAUUUAAAACCGACUUGGAGGAUGAAUAUUUUGACACGGACGAUUCGAGCGUGGACUUUGAUACAGACAGAAUUGAGAGAGAUAUGAAAAUAGCUGAGGAGAGUCUGAAUGUAUUUGAUUCAAUGAUGGCAAAUAAUAAAGGUAAAAUGACCGAGGAGAGUAAUGACACAUUGGAGCAACUGAACGCACAGACUAAGGAUUUGCAGCACAAAAUUGGGUCACAUAUAAGUACUACUAUUGACGAUGAGAAAUUACUAGAGCGCCUUCUAACACUGAACGAUCGCCUAACCGCAUCAUUGCAAAAUUACGCUAAAAUGUAUAGUCUUCCAUCGACGUCUUCCGUAAACGCAUCGACGAAAUCAUCACCUUCAUCCCCAUCCUCAUCACCUAUAUCCCCUAAACCUUUCGUCUUCAGUCCUGCCCAUCCGUUUACCCCGUCUUCGUCACAUCAUUCCCCAACCACAACGGUUAUGUCCCCGACUUUGUCAUAUAAUUCCAGAAUUCCAACCACAAAGGUUACGUCCCCGACUUCGCCAACGACCCCCGCCUUCCCUAUCUUCUCACUAGUUGUUCGUACUCCAAGUGGUUCCUACAGCGAAGACGAGGGACGGCCGAAAAGUCCUAUAGAUGAGCUAGGAAAACUGCUAGAGAUUGAGGAAGGAGAGGUAUUGAGAAAGGCGAAAGACGUUGUGGUGCCAGAGGCUGAAGAGAAGGGGAAGUCACCAAUAGAUCGGUUGAGUGGGGAGGAAUUAAAGUCACAAGUAAGUCAGAAUGGAUCGGUCGAAGAUUUAAGCGGGUGA